CAAAAUGAGUCGAUAACUCAAGAGGGCUCUAUGUGUGCUAAAUGACAUUUUAAUGGCCAGUUACAGGAAACUUGGAUCUGCUGCGUCUGGCCUUGCGGAUUGGAUGGCCUUAUUGCCAACACCAUUAAUAUCGAAUCCACUCACUUCUCUAGCAAUUCCAGGUUCCAGUGCAUCAUUUAGCUGUACGGUGACACCCUUUCACGACAUUGCUCCUGAUAACUGUUUACUGGUACGGACCCUUGGACACCUCUCUUGCUGUGUUGGGAAGGAAGGAAUUUGUCGUUGGAGUCGGACUCAAGAUCUGUCUGUAGAACAACAGCUGACUAACGGUGUACGUUACUUCGAUGUCCAAGUUGCAGCUCGGAGCAGAACUGGUGAUUUUCAUAUCGUCUGUGGUUUGUAUGGUGACGAACUGAGCUCAUGCUUGAAGGAAAUAAAAUUGUUCCUGGAUUCACACGAGAAAGAAGUUAUUAUAAUUGAUAUUAAUAGAUUUUAUAACAUAAAUGACAUUUUGCAUAUGAAGUUGUUGUCGAUUAUUACUCACUGCUUUGAUGGUAAACUAUGCCCGUACGACAAAGAUUGUGACGUCACUUUGGGUUCCCUGUGGAAUAAGGGUCAACAGGUCAUCGUGAUAUAUCAUAAUGAUAUCAUUUACGAAUACGAGAAUUUUUGGCCCGGAGACUCGAUAGUUUAUCAACCAAAAUUAGUUCCAAACACACCUGCAGAUCUGAUUCUUCAACUGGAUAUGGUUUCCGAGAACGAUCCGAGAAAAAUACCCGGGAUUGACGAAGAAAAGAAAGUUUUCAAGUGUUGUAGGGGAAUCAUCUCCUUGUCAAAACGGAAAUACUUCUCAAGAUUGUCUAGUUCGAGGAAGCGAGAAAUAUCUAUUGCAGUAGCACCACUACUUACUUCUUGGUUGAAAAACAGAUCCCAAGCUGAUCUGAAUGUGAUUACUGCAGAUUUCGUUCAUUUAUCAAACUUUGUACAGUACGUUGUCAACUUAAAUAUCACAACGGAAGAAACGCCUGCUGUACUUAAUGGAAAAAUGACAAGUUCUUGAUCUGUAUCAAUCUAGAAUCAACACAAAAAGCACACGUGUUUCCUAAGUUUUACAUUGUUUAGUGCAUUUUACUCGUAUUGUUUACUGAUUUUAUUUAGAUAAAAAUAGGUACACGA